AUGGGCGGGUUCGGCGAUUUCACAUCGAUAUGUGAGAAGACACCACUUCCACUAUGCCCGCUUGUUGGGCCGACGAACGCCAUCACUGGCACACACUUCACGCAGUCCUUAUGCUAUGCGCGAGCGAUCGAGGUAGCGAAUACGGUCAUCUUUCAGGCAGCGACGGGUUUUGCGCACAUACUGGCUUUGAUUAUGGUAGUGAUCAUGAUCUUCCAUGUUAGGAGCAAAUUCACAGCGGUCGGCCGAAAGGAGAUCACGACCUUCUUCUACACCUACACUCUCCUCACCAUUUGUUCGCUCGUCAUCGACUGCGGCGUCGUACCUCCCGCAUCGGCACCAUACCCUUACUUUGUCGCCGCGCAGUGCGGUCUUGCCUCCGCGACGUGCAUAUGCCUCAUGAUCAACGGCUUCGUUGGCUUCCAGCUUUACGAGGACGGCACGACACUCUCGGUCUGGCUAUUGCGAGUAGUCAGUUUCGUCAUGUUCCUGAUCAGCUUCGCUGUUUCGCUCUUGACAUUCAAGGGUUUGGCUGGACUCGGACCGGAGAAUACAGUCGGACUGUUCGUGGUGGUCUACCUGUUCAGUGGCAUCUUCAUACUGGUCUACGUGAUCAUGCAAAUCGUACUGGUCAUGGGCACACUGCAAGAGAGGUGGCCGCUAUGGCAUAUCGGCUUCGGCGUGUUCGGUUUUGUGAUUGGGCAGGUGUUGCUGUACGUCUUCAGCGAGACGAUCUGCGACAACGUACAGCAUUAUCUGGACGGGCUGUUCUUCACCACACUGCUGAAUCUACUGGCCGUGAUGAUGGUGUACAAGUACUGGGACUCGAUUACCAAAGAAGAUUUAGAAUUCUCCGUCGGCGCACGGCAAGGGAACUGGGAAGUCAAGCAGUUGCUACCCGAGGACGAUGACAGACGGAAUACCGUCUACCAGGACAGCGAUUAUGCAUCGAGCACAUAUCACCAGCCCGUACACCGGGGCUCGUUGUACGGUGGCUACUGA